AUGGAGACCAAGAAAAACGCGCACCGCUUGAACCGCAUCUUCCGCAAGCCCAAAGUGAUGGUGGCGCCGCGCGGCUGGCGGGAGGAGGGCGACGAAAAUAACCUGCACAGCGGCGUGUCGCUCGCGCUGCUGAAUGCGAUGGUGCAGGAGCUCACGGACGACGACAAGACCCGCGCGGCGGCCCGGCAGGACCCCCCUUCCCUCGUGCAGGAGGAACUCGCCAAGCGUGCGGCCCGCUUUGGGCUCCCCGUGGGGUCGCCCGGCGACGGCGACGCGUCGCUGCAGAAGCGCAUGGAGCGCUUUGGUGCUGCGCAGACGACGCCGGCUCUGGUCGUGGACGAGGCGACUCUCAAGGCCCGCGAGGCCCGCUUCAAGUCGCAGGAGGAAACCGCGAUGGACGAGGCGAUGCAGAAGCGACUCGCGCGGUUCGGCGCCGCCCCCGCGGCGGUGGAGCUGAAGCUCUCGGAGGCCGACCGCGAGGCGAUGGCGCGACGCGAGAGCCGGUUUGCCCCCUGCUGA